AUGAAUCGUCAUUACUGUCGUUCCCACCUUAGUACCACCCUGAAUAGACUAAACUUCAAUUUCACGGUCGAUGACAUCAAGACUCGGACCGCUGAGCUCAUCAAAGAGUCUACGGACAUGCACAAUCGUCUGGCCUCUUUGAAGGGGUCCGACAUAACCGUUGAGAACGUGCUCGGCGUUCCCAAUGAGUUUUGGGUCGACUUUUAUCCCCGCUACAGCUCCAUGGAGUUCCUCCAGAACGUCUCUCCCGACAAGGACAUCCGAGAGGCCAGUUCUGAAGCCGAUCAGAAACUGUCAGAGCAUCUCGUUGAGAUGUCCAUGCGCAAGGAUGUUUUCGAUGUUCUAGUGGCUCUGCAAGAGCAACAUCCUGAGAUGGAUGCUGAAAGCGAGAGGUUGCUCGAUCGCUCCAUUAAGGAAGGCAGACGUAAUGGUCUCCAUCUUGACGAGGCCGCCAGAGAGGAGAUAGAGAAGAUGAAGAAAAGGAUGUCCGAACUUUCUAUCAAGUUUAAUAAAAAUCUAGGCGAGGAAAAUACUGUACUAGAAUUUACUAAGGAGGAGUUGGAUGGCAUGCCCGACGACUUCCUCGAGACGCUGGAUAAAACUGAGUCAGGGAAAUACAAAGUUACUCUGAAAUACCCCCACUAUGUUCCGAUCGCCAAGAAGUGCAAAGUUCGCGAGACCCGCAGGAAGAUGGACUUCGCGUUCAACAAUCGCUGUGCUGAUGAUAACACCGAGAUUCUCAAAGAGCUCGUGAAACUCAGGAAAGAGAGAGCCGCGAUUUUGGGUUACCCUUCACAUGCUGACUUCGCCACUGAGUUGAAGAUGGCCAAGAACGCUCCCACUGUGAGGGAUUUCUUACAUGGUAUUGAGGAUAAGGUCAAAACUCGUGGUACGAGCGAUCAGAAGCUGCUGAAGGAGCUUCGAAAGGAGGACACUGGUGCUAGCAUGGACGAACCUCUUGAUUGUUACGACUUGAGCUACUAUCGGAACCUUGUCGAGGAGAAGAACUACUCUGUGGAUCAGCUCCUCAUACAACAGUAUUUCCCCUUCGAACAUGUUUUGAAGACUUUGUUGGAACUCUACGAGAGUAUUCUGGGCCUCAAGUUCAAUAGAGUCACGGACCAGCCAGUGUGGCACGAGGACGUCGUUUGCCUGGCUGUCAAUGACGCUGCUGAUGAUCACUUUAUUGGCUACUGUUAUAUGGAUAUGUUCCCGAGAGACGGCAA